AUGAAGACAGCUCAAGCUCUGCAGAGAAUGUGGUCACAUGCAGUCAAAAAGUUGGCGAUUUUGAGAGGGCACGCCUCAGGCAUGGAAGAGCUGAUAUGGGAACAGUACACUGUGACCUUACAAAAGGAUUCGAAACGAGGAUUUGGGAUUGCAGUUUCUGGAGGCAGAGAUAACCCUCAUUUUGAAAAUGGUGAAACAUCGAUAGUAAUUUCAGAUGUUCUUCCAGGUGGUCCAGCAGAUGGAUUACUUCAAGAAAAUGACCGUGUGGUCAUAGUUAACGGGACCCCAAUGGAAAAUGUUCUGCAUUCUUUUGCAGUCCAGCAGCUUAGGAAGAGUGGAAAAGUGGCCACCAUUGUAGUGAAAAGACCAAGGAAAGUGCAGGCUGCUGCCUUGAGGAAGAGCCCCUCCCUUGACUAUGAGGACAGAGCUUUAGGUGUAAUGGAUGACCACGCAGAAUUUGAUGGCAAAAGUGCUCGAAGUGGCUAUAGUGACAGAAGCUGGCAUAGUGGUAAUGGAGGGCGCAGCCAAAGCUGGGGAAACAGCCUGGAUCAGAGCUAUAGAGAUGAACAAGACAGAGGGCGUAAGCAAAGCAGAGACCGUGGUAGGGAAUGCAGCUACAGCCAUGAUCGAAGUCGUGGUAGGAGUGUUGACAGGAGCUUGGAUCGAGACUAUAGAAGAGAUCGGAGCAGGGGAAGGAGCAUCGACAGGGAUGGUAGCUAUGAGCGGGACUACAGAGGAGACUACAGCCCACCCAGUUAUAGUCAUGGAUCUCAACCUGAUCCUAGAUACAGCAGGGAAGUGAGGAGUGGAAGUUGGGACAGGCUUCAUUCCCGAAGUCCGUCACCUGAAAUACACCGUCAGCAUGAGUACCUAGGACCACAGGAUCAAAAUGGACCUAUCAGUGUUCUCUUAACAAAAGGCCGACAUAAUGAAGAAUAUGGGCUCCGUCUUGGAAGUCAGAUCUUCAUAAAAGAAAUGACCCGAACUGGCCUAGCAACCAAAGAUGGCAACCUUCAUGAAGGGGAUAUCAUUCUCAAGAUCAAUGGUACAGUGACAGAGAACAUGUCUUUAUCUGAUGCCCGAAAAUUGAUUGAGAAGUCACAGGGGAAGCUCCAGCUGGUUGUCCUCAGGGACAGAAAGCAGACACUGCUCAACAUUCCUUCAUUGAACGACAGUGACUCAGAAGUGGAUGACAUUUCUGAAAUAGAGUCAAACAGAUCAUUCUCACCUCAAGAUGACAGAUUGCACCAUUCUGAUCUAGAUUCACAUUCAUCCAACGAAAAGCUGAAAGAGAAACCGAAUGCAAAAGAUGAUCCAUCCAACAGGAUGUCCAGAAUGGGCGCAAUGCCUACACCAUUCAAAUCAACUGGUGACAUUGCUACUCCUGCUGUUACAGUUGCAAGCACAAACAAAGAACUGAAGUACCAAGAUGACCCAGCAGCAUCUCAACCAAAAGCAGUUACAAGAACAAUUCUCAAACCCAGUGCUGAAGAUGAAGCAAUAUACGGGCCUAAUACAAAAAUGGUGAGAUUCAAGAAAGGGGACAACGUGGGUCUACGACUGGCUGGUGGAAAUGACGUAGGGAUAUUUAUUGCUGGGAUUCAAGAAGGCACUUCAGCUGAUCAGGAGGGACUGCAGGAAGGAGAUCAGAUUCUUAAGGUAAACACUCAAGACUUCAGAGGCAUUGUUCGGGAAGAUGCUGUUUUGUACCUCUUAGAAAUUCCUAAAGGUGAAACAGUGACAAUUUUGUCUCAAAGCAAAUACGAAGUCUACAGAGACAUCAUGGCCUGUGGCAGAGGAGAUUCAUUCUUCAUCAGGACCCACUUUGAGUGUGAAAAAGAGUCACCACAGAGCUUAGCAUUCACCAGAGGGGAGAUUUUUAGAGUAGUUGAUACACUGUAUGAUGGCAAACUGGGAAACUGGCUGGCCGUGAGAAUUGGAAAUGAACUGGAAAAGGGCCUCAUUCCAAAUAAGAGCAGAGCUGAGCAGAUGGCCAGUGUUCAAAAUGCCCCAAAAGAUGGCUCAAGUGAUAGGGCAGACUUCUGGAGAACACGUGGCCAGCGAUCUGGAGUGAAGAAGAAUCUGAGGAAGAGUCGUGAGGAUCUGACAGCUAUUGUAUCUGUGAGCACAAAGUUCCCAGCUUAUGAGCGAGUUCAGUUGCGUGAGGCUGGUUUCAAGAGACCCGUGGUGAUAUUUGGCCCUAUUGCAGAUGUUGCUAUGGAGAAGUUGUCAAAUGAUUUGCCUCAUCUGUAUCAGGCAGCAAAGACAGAACCCAGAGACGCAGGUUCAGAGAAGUCAACUGGGGUAGUGCGCUUGAACACUGUGCGGCAAAUCAUUGAGCAGGAUAAACAUGCUCUAUUGGAUGUGACUCCUAAAGCAGUGGACCUGCUAAAUUAUACCCAAUGGUUUCCAAUUGUGGUCUUCUUUAACCCAGACAGUAAGCAGGGUGUGAAAACCAUGAGACAAAGGCUAUGUUCCACAUCUAACAAGAGCUCAAGAAAACUUUAUGAGCAAGCAAACAAACUGAAGAAAACUUGUUCCCACCUCUUUACAGCCACUAUCAAUUUGAAUUCAGCCAAUGAUAGCUGGUAUGGUAGUCUGAAGGAUACAAUUCAGCAACAGCAAGGAGAAGCAGUAUGGGUAUCAGAAGGAAAGUUGGACAGCAUGGAAGAUGAUGCAGAUGAUCGUAUGUCUUACCUUACUGCAAUGGGUGCUGACUAUUUGAGUUGUGACAGUCGGCUGAUCAGUGACCUAGAGGAUACAGAUGGAGAAGGAGGUGCAUACACUGACAAUGAACUUGAUGAGCCCAUGGAUGAACCAAGGAUUUCAUCUGUUAGCCGGUCCUCUGAACCCGUACAUCAUGAGGAGGGAAGGUUACAAAACAAAGAGGAUCUAUAUGACUUCCCAAAGAACUAUGACUCCAAAUCAAGUAACAUUGCUGUCAGCAGUGAGACUUCAACUGUAUCAGCUAAAGCAGCACCACCACCUGUUUCUGUGAAACCUGCCUUUGGGCGUCCCAUCCUGAGAAACUCUCAACCAGCAGUCCCACCUGCAGAGGAGGAGGAGGAGGAGGCAACAAAGUUGGAAGAGGAAGGAAGCGAACAAGAAAAUACUCCAAAAUCUGUAUUGAGGAAAGUAAAAAUAUUUGAGGAGAUGGAUCAUAAGGCAAGGAUGCAAAGAAUGCAAGAGCUACAAGAGGCCCAGAAUGCCAGGCUUGAAAUAGCCCAGAAGCACCCGGAUAUUUAUGCUGUCCCUGUCAAGACACAGAAGUCAGAACAGAACUGGCCCCAGCCUAUGAGCUCCAGACCUCCAGAACCCCAGAAACCUCCUAUUAGACCUUACCUAGAGAACCGUGGCAGUUAUGGCAGCGAUGCAGAGGAGGAGGAGGAGUACCGUCGGCAGCUGUCAGACCACUCAAAGAAGGGGUAUUAUGGACAGCCAUCCAGAUACAGAGACACAGAAUUGUAG